AGUACUGAUGAAGAAUCUUGAUGAUUUUAUCUUGUAGAUCUGCUUAUAUGGUGUCAAGCUGCACAUAUGUUAACAGAUCAACAAACACAUUUGGGACAAAAUGUCACCAUAAACUGUGAUCUUGUUGAAACUGAGGUUUAUUGGUUUUUACUGAAUCUUCAAUAUUCAGCCCUGAUAUUACGCUCGUUCACAACGCCAUUUUACUACAAUGAGCGAUUCAGACAAAAAUAUUCAGUGAACUCUAGUCGUCUAUUAAUAAAUAAUGUCACCGCUGAUGAAUUAGGAGUUUAUUACUGCAUAAGCACAGAUACAGAACCAAAAUUCAGCAACGGCACCAAACUGUACAUCACCGAAGAAACUCCACAAAUCGAGUGCCAGAAUAAUACAGUAGUGCAGUUCAUCCAGCAGAAUCAGAAAUCAUGGCUGGCUCUGACCCUCAUGCCUGGUCUGCUGAUUGUUGUUUUGGUCAUUGUGAUCAUAGGAUACGUGAAGGUUGAUGGCUGUAGAAAUAGGAUAGCAGAACAAAACACUGGUGUACAGAUAACACAAGUUACCCAACAUGAUCCAGAGCAAAACCAAAUACAGGAUGUUGAGGUGGACACUCCCAUGCUGAGUAAUAAUCCUCCCACCCCUGUAAACAGCAGCUAUGUUGCAUUACAGCUGCCAAAACCACAAACACACGCGUAAAACUGACCUACAUGGCAUUCUUGCAGAAACUUGUGAAACUGUGGUUGUCGAAGCAUACAUGUAGCUGAUCGUUGUGUGUUCAAGCACAUCUGUCUGCACCUUAACCCAGUGAAGUUGUGUUUUGCAAAUGCUAGACAAAGAUUUGUUUUAGUUUUUUACCAAAUGAUG